AUGAAUAUUAAAGUAAAGAUUUGGACUGCCAGUUGUCCUCUCCAAGCCCAUCAAGUAGCCAUACUCGGAAUCCCAUUCGAACCAAGCUACGUUUCAGAUGCCAUGAACAACCCAGUAGGUGACAAGAUGACGUUCGUCGACAGAUUCUGGAACCUGGUCAGACUCUACAACAUGUACCACAUGUUCACAGAUAUAGCAAGAUGCCAAACUCAAACAGAUGUACGGUCCUGA